GGAGCCUGGGAAGAGCAAAAAACAGGCCUUCCCCCCCCCCACUCAGGCCCUCCAGAGGCAGGAAACAACCUGUUUCCCUAAUUCUGAUGGGCCCAGAAGGCCCAAAAAUCAGCUGUGCGCGACAGAGCUAAGCUCACAUGCCACCGAUAUGGCUCCGUGUGCCAUCACGGGAAUAGUUUAUAUCAUGGGAAGAAGUUUCCACCUCUUCUGAAGCCUUUACUUGUAAGAUUAAAAUUCUCAAGCUAUGAAGCCAAAAUGAGAAUAUGUCAACAUUUCUGCAAGCAAGUACAUUCCCAGUAUCACUAAUUAGGUUGCUAUAGCCACUGGAAAGGGACAGGCACAUUUUAAGUGAUACAGAAGCUCUGUGAAAAGCAGCAGCAUCAGGCAAAAGUUCUCCCUAAUGGGAAAUCAACAAUAUGGUCUACAGCAUUGUGGUAAAACACCAUAAUUACUCCACUUUCAAAUACACUGGUAUCAAAAUAGGGGGAAGAUUACUUUGCUCUUGAAUACCAACAUUAUUAAAUGAAAAUUGGGAUCCAGAACCAAGUUUGAACUGAUGCAAACAUCUGGUACAAGCUAAUUAUGAAUCACUUGUCAGAUGCCCAUGAGCAAAAACAAUGCAUGUGGAAGUACUCUUAUAAAAAUAAUAAACUAUUUAUUAAAUAAAACAUCAAUUCUUAGGUUUUAUAGAAUUUGCACAGUCAUGGCAAGUUAAUGAAUAUAUUUUUUGAUGGAAUAUUCUUUGCAAGCAAGGUCAGAUGUGUCUCUUUUGAUAAAACAGCAUAUGCAAUCAAGUUUUCUUCUGCUUCAUGCGCAUUUUACUAGCGGCAUGGGAAUAACUGAUAAACGUAUUUCUAGCGUUUGAAGGUCAACAUAUCUACUAAAUGGACAACAGCAAGUCAGAACACUUCCACUUUUUUGAAUAAGCAAGCCACUUUCCAUUUCCUAUCUUUACAGUAAACCAUUUUCAUUAUAAAUAGUAUUUUCAGUUGUUUGUGAGAAAUUUGGAUACUUGAUUGUUAAACUGUUUCUUGAUUAUAGAAUUGUGGAUAUUCUGAUUGUAUAUUAUACAACUCUCCAUCGGCCGUCCUGUGUGGCAAGUAUAAAAGGAUACCAUUCACGGAAAGACUCUGUCCCUGUGGCUCAGGAAAGGUGGAGACUGUGGGUCAUGCUCCUUAGAUAUUCCUUUUAUAUGGAGAUUAGGAAAAAACAUAUUCUCCUAAUAACUGCUAGGAUUCCUGGCCAUUCCACUAUCUAUCUUCAGUGGCUCCUUAAGGAUUAACAGUCCAUAACUAGAGCACAGGUGGCCAAAUUCUGCACAGCAGCACUGGGAAUUCAUCACAAGCAUUUGUCUUCUCUAUUAUAGUGAUGUUAUAUAAUUGUAGCAAACGCUUUGCACUUAAGUCAUUUCCCUUUUAGCAUUGAACCUACAACGAGCCACACAGUUUACGGAUUGCAACUAUAGUAUAGUCAGGCCAUGUAUAAUUGACACUGGAUUUUAUUAGAGAUUUUAGCUGUUAUUUAUACGAUACUAUUAUACUAGACGUUUUAAGUGUAUAUAUACUGAAUGCUUUUAUUUGUUCUGGUCUAAGACUGUAAUAAUAAAUUGUUGUUGUUAUUAUACAACCCACAUGCACGUAUAAUGCCCUAAUAGCAUCAAAUUAUAUUACUACCCAAGUCCACCUUUUAUUUCCUUACUUUAUUCCAACUGAAAAGCAGUUUUAUAAAAAAAAUAAUCUGAAUCUGCUACCCAAAUUUCUAUUCUAUUCUAUUCUAUAGAAUAUACAAAACAUUUUUCUUAUAGGUAGAAGUAUUAAUUUAUAACAAAAGCUACUACACAUCUUCAGUCUCAUAUCGGACUGGAUUUGUAUUUCCAACAAACAACAUAUCACAUAGUAGGAAAAUGGCAAUACUGUCAUAGUUAAUGAGUCUUGAAGAAAAGAAAUUUAAAAUUUAAGUGGUACUGAUAUUUUUUUAGGGCCACCCAGUCCUUACUUGAUUGUAUGCAUACCUUGGUUUACCUCCUUAUUCUCAGAAUAACCUAGAUCAGUGGUCCCCAACCCCUGGUCCAUGGCCCACUAUUGUGCAUUGAGCCAUUUGGAACCAGUCUGCAAAAGUGGUGGGCAACACAUCCUCACUUGCAUAAACAGUGGGAAAGCACAUGCACGCAUUUGCCCAUCACUCAUGCGGAACCCUCCCCUCUCUCCCCGCCAUCCCAGCCAGUCCACACAGCUAGAAAGAUUUGGGAACGCUGAACUAGAUUAUCUUGGCUUUUACAAAAUCAUUGCAAAAAAAUCAUGUUCAGUUAUUUUAACUAAUUAUGACUUUAGCAAUAUUUGGUUUGCAUGAAAAUGUAUACAGGCUUAGAACAUUUAGUAUUAAAAACAGAGAAGAGAUGAGCAAUCAAAAUUCUUAAGAGUGGUAUAGUUUAAUGUAGUAAUGUUUUCAAUGGAGGAACAGGACAAAAGACCAUCCUAGCAUAUUCCUGGUUUCAGACAUUAAGUUGCACAUUCAAUGGCCAGCUGCUAAAUAGGUUAGAGCAGCUUAAAUCAGUGUGAGUGCACCUAUUUGAAGAUUAUGAUACAAACUCAUCCUUUUCUUACAGACAUACCUUGUUUCACUGUAUUGUACUUCGCAAGUAUUGCAUUUUUUACAAACCCCUCCACCUACAAAAAGCUUAUGACUGGUUGAAGUUUCAAAUGAUUAACAGUUUUUACCAAUAGAGUAUUUUUAAUAAAGCUAAGCACAUUAUAGACUAAAUGCACAGUGUAAACCUAACUUUUAUCUGUACUUGGAAACCCCCAAAAAGUGACUGCUACUGAUAUUGUAAUAUUCACCACUUAUUGCACUGGUCUUAAAAAGAAACUUCUCUUGAGGUAUGCCUGUAUGUUACAAUUUAAACAGUAAAAUGAGAUAUAAACUAGCAUCAAAAUCAUUUUAAAAUAUGAGAAAAUAAAAACAUAUUCUAGCUCUAUGAUCUAUUUCCACUCAGAAUACUAUUAUAGGUAUUCCUUGACUUACAAGUUCCUUUAGCGACUAUCCAAAAUUACAAUGGAAUGAAAAAUGUGACUUAGGACUGAUUUUCAGUUAUGACCUUUGCAGUAUCCCCAUGAUCAUGUGAUCAAAAUUCAGAUGCUUGGCAACUAGCUCUUAUUUGUGACCAUUGCUGUGUCUCAAGCUCAUGUUUGUAACCUGAUGACAAGCAAAGCCAAUGGGGAAGCCAGAAUUACUUAACAACCAGGUUACUAACUUAUCGACUGCAGUGACCCACUUAACUGUGACAAGAUUUGUACCCUAUGACUAUCAUUAAGUGUUGUACCUUAGAAUUCUUGAUGAAGGUAUAUUUUCUUUUAUGUACACUGAGAGCAUCUGUACCAAGACAAAUUCCUUGUGUGUUCAAUCACACUUGGCCAAUAAAAAAUUCUAUUCUAUUCUAUUCUAUUCUAAGAUGGGGCAAAACUCACUUAACAAAUGUCUCACUUGACAAAAGAAAUUUUGGGCUCAGUAGUGGUCUUAAGUCGAGGACUACCUGUACUCUUGUGUGUUUCAGCUUAGUUUCCCAAACGGGGUGGAGGGAGGUGCAUAGUGAGGCUCCAAUGUCCAUUUCCACUAAGUGACAACCACUUCCACUUAGAUAUGUAACGCUUGUGAAGUCAUAUGAAUUACGAAUUAUAUAAUGUAUUAUGAGAGUUGACACCCGGAAUCAAUCAGAAGAGCUCCUUAAUUUGGAAGAGGCAGCACCCACAACCCUGACUCAAAAUUCAGGCCACAAAAAUAUAAUACGAAUGUGUUUUCGGAGCCGAGCUCGACUUUAAGAAGCCUCCCUAUGUAUCUUCCUUUCGAUUAUCUGGUUACUAACGGCUGGCGUCACAGUUCCCGCUGCUACGUGAAGAGAUGGGUACUCUUUUGCCAACAAGUCGUGCCGGUCACCAUCCUGAAGGGGGGGAAAAAACCCAAACGAGCGACAAACCUAUCUCCAAAAUAAACCGGCAUUACGGCAGGCGGGAAAUGUUCAAAACCGCUCUACUCGGUGAAAAGACCUCAGCGCAUGCGCCCCAAAGCAACGGCUGAAACCGUUCCUUCCACCCACUUCACUGCAAACUAUCAAACCCGCCAUGUCCGUUGGUUUGCGCAUGCGCGAGCGUCCAAUCAGCAAGGCGGGGGGACGGGUCUGCGGUCCUGUUCUGAAGCCGCUUCCAAACGGAGCGGCAGGGGGAGGCAGAUAGGGAGAGGAGUAUCUUUUAGGCGCGACCUGCAUGACACACGAGACCGGCGCAACCAGCAGUUAUGACGCAGUCCGUAGUAGUUCAGGGUGAGCGUGCACGUCAUUCCCAGUCCCUCUUAGUCUUUUUUUUUCCCUUUACUUUUUUCCUCCGUUCUGCUUCCAUGACGGAUGUCUCCCUCCACUUUUUCCUCUCUCCCAAUACAGUGGGACAAUGCGGAAAUCAAAUAGGCUGCCGCUUUUGGGAUCUGGCGUUACGGGAACACGCGACUGUUAAUAAGAAAGGACUUUACGAUGAAGCAUUAAGCAGUUUCUUUAGAAAUGUGAACACUAGAACAGAUGGUGACAGUGCUGACAUUUCCAGAGGAAAAAUCUGUUCCUUAAAAGCACGUGCUGUACUGAUUGACAUGGAAGAGGGUGUAGUGAAUGAAAUUCUUCAGGGGCCAUUAAGAGAAGUGUUUGAUAGCAAACAGCUGAUCACAGAUGUUUCUGGCUCAGGUAACAAUUGGGCUGUGGGUCAUAAUGUGUAUGGAUGUCAGUACCAAGAGCAUAUUGUUGAAAAAUUGAGGAAAACUGCAGAGCACUGUGACUGUCUGCAAUGCUUCUUUGUUAUUCAUUCAAUGGGAGGGGGAACAGGAUCUGGUCUUGGUACAUUUUUAUUAACAGUGCUCGAAGAUGAAUUUCCAGAAGUAUAUAGAUUUGUGACUUCAGUUUAUCCAUCACGUGAAGAUGAUGUCAUCACAUCUCCAUAUAACAGUGUAUUGGCUAUGAAGGAACUCAGUGAACAUGCUGACUGUGUAUUACCAAUUGAAAAUGAGUCUUUAUUUGACAUAGUUAGUAAAAUUAACCAAAUGACCAACUCUGGAAAGCUAGGAUCAACUGUAAAACAAAGCAGCUUGGUGACUUCGAGUACAGGUGGAAUCAAACCUCUUCAAGAAAAACCUUUUGAUGCUAUGAACAACAUUGUGGCUAACUUACUAUUGAACCUGACCAGCUCUGCUAGAUUUGAAGGAUCUCUUAAUAUGGAUCUUAAUGAAAUCAGUAUGAAUUUGGUUCCCUUUCCUCGACUUCAUUAUCUAGUUUCCAGCUUGACUCCUCUUUAUACUCUGGCUGAUGUUAAUGUGCCUUCUCGAAGGUUGGAUCAAAUGUUUUCUGAUGCUUUUAGCAAAGAACACCAGCUGUUACGAGCUGAUCCAAGACAUAAUUUGUAUCUUGCUUGUGCCCUCUUAGUCAGAGGAAAUGUACAAGUUUCAGAUCUUCGUAGAAAUAUUGAACGGUUGAAGCCUUCACUUCAGUUUGUAUCCUGGAAUCAAGAAGGAUGGAAAACUGGUUUAUGUUCAGUACCUCCAGUUGGCCAUUCCCAUUCUUUGUUGGCACUGGCAAAUAACACCUGCAUUAAACCAACUUUCAUUGAACUCAAAGAGAGAUUCAUGAAGUUGUACAAGAAAAAGGCUCACCUUCAUCAUUACCUACAUGUUGAUGGGAUGGAUCAGAACUGUUUCUCUGAAGCACUUUCAUCGCUGUCAAAUUUAAUAGACGACUAUAAUCAGCUUGAAGUUGCUAACAGUGGCCCUGCAGUAGAUCCACCAAGACUGAAGAUCGUGAUGUAGCAAUGCAGGGAUAUAGCAGGAAAAAAAUUCAAUAUUUGCAAAAACUGCACAUGUAGUCUAACUCAUGGUGAAUACUGAAUUCAGUUGGGAAAUUAUAAGACCAGUUCUGGCUAAUAAAUUCUUAACAAAUGAUCUUUUGUGACAAUCAAAAGUACUGUUACUCUUGAAAGACAGUGGAAACAUUCAAUCUGCCCGACAAUUUCGUAAAAUUUUUUUUUUUUAUCUUGCACAGAGGCUGUACGGAGAUCGGAGAAUGCAAAUCUCAACUUACAUAUUGUGAAAUGCACUUUUAUUUUAAGCACUGUUUAUUUUUGUAUGUAUAUUUUUUGAAAUGAGCACAUUUUGAAUAUAAAUAUUUCUCGUGAUAUUUUUA